ACAAAUUUCGUGGAAGCAAAAAUCAACGCAUAUUGCAGGCAGGGAAAAAAAUCGAGGCAGAUAUUUAAUAGGCGAAUUGCAGCUCAGUAAGUAGAGAUAUCGGGCCCGGCAACUAAAAGGAAUACUAUCGGUGGUAGCAGCGACAACAGAAUCCCCAACAAUCCUGCACAAUCAGCUUUAAUGUUCGAUUCGGUGUACUCCGUCGCAGCUGGUCUUACGGAGCUUGAAAGGAAGGAUUUAUUGAGUUGGCAUAAUAUUUCUUGCAAAAACGAAUUGCCAUGGAGAGAUGGACUGUCGCUAUAUAACUAUAUUAAUUCGGCUUCUAUGAAUGGAUUGACAGGCCGUGUACAUUUCACUGAGGGACGUCGAAAUUUAUUUCAAAUCGAUUUGCUUAAAUUAAAGCGAGAGAAAAUUCAAAAAGUUGGUUUUUGGAAACCUGAAUUCGGUGUUAACAUUACCGAUUCGACCGCUUUCUAUGACACUUAUUCAAGUAAUACAACGUUAAUUGUCAUGACACGCCAAGAAAAACCUUACGUUAUGGUGAAAAGUGGCAUAAGUCAAACAGGAAAUGAUCGCUUUGAAGGAUUUUGUAUUGAUCUCCUAAAAGCCAUUGCCACUCAAAUGGGAUUUCAAUAUAAGAUUGAAUUAGUACCUGAUAAUAUGUAUGGAGUAUUCAACCCUGACACAAAAGUUUGGAACGGAAUAGUGCGAGAGUUAAUGGAAAAGCUAACGCGAACGAAAAUAUAGCAGUAAAACUGAACAUACGUUUAUGGCCUUCAAUAUAAAGCAAGAAAAUACCAAAUUUGAGAGUAAUUAAAUAAUGAGUUCAUCGACUGAUGGAAUUUGAAAGAAUUCAACAUUUUUAUACUCUUGCAACAAAAUCUUGCAAAAUCACGUAACACAGGUCGAUAUGGAAAUACUUAUACUUGUAUAUAUGUUCACAUGGCAAAUGUUAACAAUUGCUAAAUAAAAGUAAUAAUACGUAAUCAGCAAUAAUGAGUAAAGCAUAGCGGAAAUGCAUCUUUAGUUGCGCAAUAUUUCCCACAGCAAAAGCCAGACGCUUUCAUUAGCAUAAAAGCUCAUUUUUCGGUGUGAAGCGGAAGUCCAACAUCAAGUCAGCAGUUGGCCAGUGCAACUUAGCUAGCUUUUAAGUAAAUGGAUUUUUAAGUUUCAGUUUUAGCUCUGUAAUCAAACAAAGAAGAACUAAAUAAAAUUUUUUUAAAAGAAAUU